AUGCCUGACGUUGACCCAGUAGAUGAAGAGGAUGAUGCCUGGAGUUACUCGUUCCCACCAUCUACAGAUUCGCUUCCACUAGAGCAAUCCUCGACUUUGCAGCAACCACAAGCAACUAAACCAGGAUUAUCGAGACUACACAGAGUCGAUUCAGAUGAACAACAGCUGCGACAACUCUCCCAACAAGCUGAUAUAAUCAAUAAGAUAAAACAGUCGCAAAACUCAGAGGCAAGCUCAACUGGAGUCAGAUCAUCCAUAUCGUUAACAUCCACAUUCAAUAAAACGCCGUUGAAUCCAUUGACAACAAAAGAGGAUGCGAGCUCAGUGAUUUCAAAAGACUCAAGCACUCAGCAAUCAACAAACGAGGCCAAUAAUAAGGAUAAGCCAAGGUUUCUUAAAAACCUUCAAAACAUCGACGCCAACAACCAAGCCACGUCGCCGACGUCAAAUAAUUCGAAUGACCUUGACCAGAAAUUGGGAUCGCCCAAAAUUAUCACCUAUCGCAAAUCAAAGAGAACUGUAAGUGAAAGCACAUUUGACUCAUUUGACCCUUCAACGCUGUUGACUACACCGCCUCCAACAAGCAAAUACGAUACUCGAUUGUAUGUGGAUGAGUUUUACAAAGAUUCAAAGUACAGAUACGCCACUAUAAAAAGAAAUGUCGAAUUCCAUCAGUUGUUCAAUUCACUUGAUUUGACGGAUCGGUUGUUGGAUGACUUUUCUUGCGCAUUGAGUCGAGAAAUUCUACUUCAAGGCAGAGCAUACGUUAGUGAAAGCUACCUCUGCUUCAACUCGAAUUUGUUAGGAUGGGUUACAAAUUUAGUCCUCAAGUUUGACGAUAUAGUCAAAUUUGAGAAACGAUCGACAGCUGGGUUGUUCCCCAACGGUAUCAGCAUAGAAACUGAAGAUGGAGCAGUGCAUACGUUUGCUAGCUUUUUAUCACGAGACCAAACCUAUGAUUUAAUGACUACUGUAUGGAAGGGAAAAACAGGAAGAACAAAUCAAGAGCAACUGUUUGACUCCCCAGAGGCUAGCAAUAUUGAUUCUGCAUCUUUGGCGAAUACAACAUCGCCUAGAGUACAAUCAUAUAUCAUGUCUCUAGAUGGUGAUGAUGAGCCAAUUUCACAAGCCCAAGACGACACAGAUCAGGAGGAAUCGAGUGAAAAUGCGAAUUCCGACGCUGAAGAACCAAGAAAUGGCGAAUUGUUACCAGGUUUUGGAAUCAGCACCAAGCUUACAAAAGUGGCAAAACUCAAACCAGACUCGAAAUACAAAAACCUUGGUCCUGAUACCCAUGCUCCAACAACAGCCAAAUACACCAAGUUCCCUCAAGAAGUUGAUUUGAUUGAGACCAGAAUUGAUGCACCAUUGGGUAUAGUAUUUUCCAUAUUAUUCGGAUCUGACCCUACAUUCCAAAUUGACUUUUUAAAGCGUCAUGACGGACUGGAAAUCUCGGAAAUUCCUGAAUUCAAAUCAUCCUUUGAAGAUCCAGCGUUAUUGAAAAGAGAAUACACUUAUCGACGGCAAUUAGGUUACUCAAUUGGUCCCAAGUCAACACGAUGUGAAGUCACUGACACGAUAGAGCAUAUGAACCUUGCUGAUUAUGUUGUUGUAACCACAACGACCCAAACACCAGACGUACCCCUGGGUAACGCUUUUGCAGUCAAGACACGGUAUAUCCUUAGUUGGGAUGAACUGAAUACGACAAAUUUAUUGAUUAGUCUCUACAUUGAAUGGAAGGGCAAGUCAUGGAUGAAGUCAGUGAUUGAGAAGCUGUCACUUAGUGGUUCAACAACCACUUUAAACGAAUUGGUGAAGGAAAUGAAAGAUGAAGUGAAUGAAAAUGUCUACUAUGUUGAUGGCCCAAGUGAAGCUGCUCCCCAGAAGAAGAAGAAAAAGAAGACCGUAGAAGAAAAGAUUGCAGCAGAGGUAAAGCAUGAAGUGGCUGCAUCAGUGGCUGCUAGCGAAGCAUUGGUGUCGAGAAUAUUCCACCCUGGUUACAUACUUGCUUUGAUUGUGAUUUUGCUACAAUUGGUUAUCUUGUACAAGUUGAUUUUGUUACAGACUGCAUUCGAGAUGCACUUGCGGAGCGAUUCCACGAGAUGA